CUAUGAAAUUUCCAAAGCCACGAUCGCGACAGAACUCAACAUACUGUGCAAGUUAUCUAUAAUCUCUCUCUGUCGCACUCCCUCCCUCCCUUUUCGAUAGAGAUCCGAGUGCAUAGCGAGACUCGUCAGAGAGUCUCAGACCUUGAAGCGCCGCCAAGGGCUCUCUCACCCUUAAGGCACUCUUUGGGAUACAAAACCUUUUCUUUUCCUUUUGUUGUGUUUUUGGUUCGACCAUGGACGUUGAUCCCCGCCACUACGAGCACGUUUGGCGUGAGCAAGUUGUAUUUGACGCGUAAAAUGCUUCCACUUCUGGGUGUUGGGUUCUUCCUGUAAAUGUCUGAUCUGUUCUUUGAGCUUAUAUGACAUUAGGACAUGCAUAUUGCUGAUCACAACUUUGGCUCAUAGCGUUUGGAACACAAUCUUGUGUGUGAAAAUAUUCGUACUUGGUACUGGUCCUACUGGAUGUGGCUCUUAUGGAAUACGCGGCCUGUGCUUCGCGUAUUUGUUUUGUAUAAGACUCACAGUUUAUAAGACUGUAAUAUUACUGAUGGUGCAAUUGUAAAGAUACUUACCGGCGUAUUUUCUGUGGUGCUCAAGAAGAACAAAUUCGACAUCUGAGAUGUAUCUUUUUAGGAUUCGAGGCAGCUUCUGGUUUGAGAAUUAAUUUAGGAAAAUCAGAAAUUGUUCCAAUUGGUGGAGUAGAGGAUGUCGAAAGGUUGGCUAAUCUUCUUGGAUGUAGGGUUGCUUCUUUGCCUAUGACUUACUUGGGUUUGCCGUUGGGUGCUUCUUACAAGUCCAAUUCCAUUUGAAAUGGUGUUAUUGAAAAAAUGGAAAGGAGGUUGGCGGGGUGGAAGCGGAUGUACUUGUCGAAGGGUGCCCGGUUGACUCUUAUUAAAAGUAUGCACUCCAACAUUCCCACUUAUUACUUAUCUUUGUUUCCUAUUCCAGUGAGGGUGGCUAAUCGUCUUGAUAAAAUUCAAAAGAAUUUUCUUUGGGGAGGCACUGGUGGCGAGAAAAAAUUUCACCUAGUGAAUUGGAACAAGAUAUGUACGUCUUUGUAUGCAGGUGGGUUGGGAGUUCACAAUCUCAUCCAGUUCAAUCGAGCGCUCUUGGGUAAAUGGUUGUGGAGAUAUGGUAGGGAGAGAGAGGCUUUAUGGCGGUUGGUGAUUGAUGCCAAAUUCCAGAGUCUAGAGGGUGGGUGGUGUUGAAAGAAGUUUCGGGUUCUUUCGGAGUGGGUGUAUGGAAACAUAUAAGGAGGGGUGGGAGAAAUUCCGCAAUUUCGUUCGUUUUGAUGUGGGGAGUGGAUCAAAUAUUAGCUUUUGGCAAGAUAGGUGGUGUGGGGAUGGUUCCUUGAAGCAAUGCUUUCCGGCUCUUUUUACUAUAGUAAGGAACAAAGAUGCGUUGGUGGCGGAUAAUUUGGUGGUUCAUAAUGGUGUAAUUCUGUGGAAUGUUCUUUUCACGAGACAAAUCCAGGAUUGGGAGAUGGAUAUGGUCCUUUCUUUCUUCGAUCAAUUAUAUUCCACUUCGAUUCGUCAAGGAGAGAGUGAUAGAUUAGUGUGGAAUCCCUCCAAAAAAGGUUUUUUUGAGGUGAGAUCCUUCUACGAUGAGCUCAUUAAGGAAGAUGGCCCUUAUUUUCCUUGGAAGAAUAUUUGGCGUGUUAAGGCUCCAACAAGGGUGGCUUUCUUCGUUUGGUCAGCGGCUUUGGGCAAAAUAUUGACGCAUGAUAACUUGCGUAAGAGGAAUGUAAUAGUAAUGGAGUGGUGUUGUUUAUGUCAGAAGAGUGGGGAGUCUAUUGAUCACUUGUUGCUUCAUUGCGAGGUAUCCCGGGCUCUUUGGAGCUACAUUCUUAUUUUAUUUGGGGUUGAGUGGGUUAUGCCACGAAUGGUGUUGGAGUUGUUAAAGAGUUGGGGAGCGGCUAUGGGGAGUGGUCAGGCUAUAGUGGCUUGGCGUUUGGCUCCUUUGUGCUUGUUGUGGUGUAUUUGGAGGGAGCGGAAUGCUCGUCUGUUUGAAGAUAUAGAGACAUCUAUGGUGGAGCUUCGGAAGCGGCUGAUCGAUACUUUAUAUUUUUGGAUAGCGCCACACCAUAGUUCGAUUGUAUUUACUUAUGUUGAUUUCUUAAAUUUAUUUUCUGUUCGACCCUGAUAGGGGCUCUCUUGUAUACUUCUCGUGUAUAAGGGUUGCGCCCCUUUGCGCUUUUUAAUAAAUGGCUAUUACUUAUAAAAAAAAAAGAUACUUACCGGCGUGUCAUUAUGUUCUGUUUAAGGAAACUAAACCUACAUGUUAAAUGGGCAUUGGUAGACCUAAUGCCUGUAGAUUUGGAUUAUCUACAGUCACUGGAGAGUUCUAAUACCCUUCAUAAGCCUUUUCUAUAUGUGGGAUCCACCUUAAAUGUG